CACUUUUGAGGUUAUGUACGUUAUGGCGCAUAGAUGAAAACACUGCCGAAACUUUGAAAAACGGAGUAAAAGUUUGUAAUUCAAUUAAUAUAACAGUAAUUAUUAAUAAUUGCAGUGGAUCUAUAAAGAAACGGUAAAUUAAUUUUUUCGUUUAUUAAUUAAACAUGGGAGUACCCGCAUUUUUCCGAUGGCUAAGUCGGAAAUAUCCGUCGGUUAUUGUCGAAUGCAUUGAACAAAAGUCAGUGACGAUUGAUGACACUCAGGUGCCGAUAAAUUCGGCCGAACCGAAUCCAAAUGGGGUGGAAUUUGACAAUUUAUAUCUUGAUAUGAAUGGAAUAAUUCAUCCAUGCACACAUCCGGAAGACAAACCGGCUCCAAAAAAUGAAGACGAAAUGAUGGAGGCUAUUUUCGAGUGCAUUGAUCGUUUGUUUCGCAUUGUGAGACCAAGAAAAUUGCUCUACAUGGCCAUUGAUGGAGUUGCGCCAAGAGCAAAGAUGAAUCAACAAAGAUCGCGUAGAUUUCGUGCCUCGAAAGAAACGGGUGAGAAAAUUUUGGAAAUCGACAGAAUUCGGAGUGAUUUGCUAUCAAAGGGAGCGUAUCUACCACCGGAAAAGCCGAAGGGCGAACACUUUGAUAGUAAUUGCAUUACGCCGGGAACACCAUUCAUGGCGAGACUGUCGGCAUGUCUUCAUUAUUACAUCCACGAUCGAUUAAAUACUGAUCCGGGUUGGAAAGGAAUUAAAGUCAUUUUAAGCGAUGCGAAUGUCCCAGGUGAAGGCGAACAUAAAAUCAUGGAUUACAUUCGACGUCAAAGAGCUCAACCGGAUCACGAUCCAAACACACAGCACGUGUUGUGCGGUGCGGAUGCCGAUUUAAUAAUGUUGGGACUCGCGACUCACGAGCCGAAUUUUACAAUUAUUCGUGAGGAAUUCAAGCCAAAUAAGCCGAGACCAUGCGAUAUUUGCGGACAAUUGGGUCAUGAGAUGAAGGAUUGCACUGGCUCUGAGGCAAAUGCACAGGGCGAGGAAACAUUUGGCUCCGAGUGUCAAUUUAUAUUCGUUCGUUUAAAUGUAUUACGCGAAUAUUUAGAGAGGGAAUUACAAAUGCCAAGCUUACCGUUUAAAUAUGAUUUCGAAAGGGCAAUCGACGACUGGGUGUUUAUGUGUUUCUUUGUAGGAAAUGACUUUCUACCGCAUUUGCCGUCCUUGGAAAUUCGCGAGGGCGCAAUUGAUCGACUCGUUAAUUUAUAUAAGAAGACUGUAUAUAAAACGGGGGGUUUCUUGACCGAAAAUGGUGACGUAAAUUUGGACAGAGUACAAUUAAUAAUGUCUGACUUGGGAAAUAUGGAGGAUGAAAUUUUUAAAAAGCGACAACAGAAUGAAUUGGCAUUCAAGCAACGGGAGAAAAAUAAAAAGCGAAGAAUGGAGGCAAUCAGUAAUUUUAAACCGCAAUGGGUUCCGUCUGGACAAUUUGCACCUGUUGCUCUGGGAAAAUCUGUGAAUCCGGUUCAUAAUGCUAGACAGGAAGCAUAUUUAAUGAGAGUAGAGGGUAGAAAUUAUAAUACGAAUGCAGCGGAUCGAGCAUUAAAAGGAAUAGAUGCUAAAACUGCUCUUCACAAUAUGAUUGUUCCUGAGGAUUCGGAUAAAAGGGGGCAAAAACGUAAAGCCGACGAAGGAGAGGAGGAGGAUGAUCAAGCACACGACGAAGUUCGAUUGUGGGAGGAUGGAUUUAAAGAACGAUAUUAUGAAUCGAAAUUCGAUGUUAUGCCGGAAAAUUUUGCAUUUAGAAAUAAUGUCGCGUUGCAGUACGUUCGUGGACUUUGCUGGGUGUUAAGAUAUUAUUAUCAAGGAUGCGCGUCUUGGAAAUGGUAUUUUCCUUACCAUUAUGCGCCAUUCGCGAGUGAUUUCAUCAAUAUCGGUGGCCUUUCCACGGAAUUCGAAAAAGGAACAAUACCUUUCCGCCCUCUGGAACAAUUGAUGGGCGUGUUUCCGGCAGCGAGUAGCAAUCACGUGCCAAAACCUUGGGCAAAAUUAAUGAGCGAUCCGAAAUCAACAAUUAUUGAUUUUUAUCCAGAGGAUUUCAAAAUUGAUCUCAAUGGAAAGAAGUUUGCGUGGCAAGGUGUCGCUCUAUUGCCUUUCGUUGAAGAACAACGAUUAUUCAAAGCCUUGGAGCCUUAUUACGAGUGCCUCACUGAAGCAGAAAAGAGACGUAAUGUGAGAGGUGACGAUAGACUCUACGUGGAGCCUUCAAAUUCGCAAUUUAAUUUUAUAAAAGGUCUUUAUACGAAUCAAGUGAAGAGAGAUGAGGAGGUCGAGGUCUCAAUUGACGGAAUGCGAGGAGCUGUCUUAUUGGCCGAUGAUUGUGUCACGGAAGGUGGAACACUUCCGUCGCCUACAAAUCUUGGCCUUCCGGUUCGCGGCAAUCAAGUCUACUGUGUGAGGUUUAGAGAUCCAAAGUACGCGGACUCUUUUAUAUUCCCAGCGAAGAAAUUGAAGGGCGCCAUCGAGCCACAGAAAGUUUUGAAACCACAAGAUUUUGAGCAAAUGAAUCGAAACACCGGAAAUCAGUGGAAGCCUCAAAUUGGUUUCACUCGCUCUAAUCAGGUUGCAUCUCUCGGAACGGCUGGACAUCGAAUGCUGGGACAUCAUACAGACAAUAAUAGAACGCCUGGAGUUUAUGGUCAUGUGCCACCACCGCAGAGUUUACAACAGCACCAACAACAUCGCGGCUAUCAAAGUGGAUACAGUUCGGGAUCAUCUGGUGGACGUUACAAUUCGCAGCACUCCAGCGACUCGAGGCAAAGGGAUUAUCAGAGUUCUUCAAAUCAUCAGAAUCGUCACGGCUAUCAGUCUAAUCAGAAUCAUCGACACGAUCAUCGAAGCAAUUCUGGUCAGUCGGGUUAUCAAAGUCAACGAGGACAGUUGCCAAGUCCCGCCUGGUCUAAUAAUUACAAUUACCAGUCGAAUAAUCAACAAAAUCGAGGAGGACAGCAACAACAACAAGGUCGUGGACCAUCUCAAUCCUGGGAAUCUUCAUUUUCAAAUCGAUCUAAUAAUCAUCCAUAUGGUGGAAGGGGUGGUAACAAUAAUUCCGGAGGCUAUAGACGAAGAUAAGCCAAAGAUGAUUUCUUAUAUUUUUCUUUUUGUUCAUAUUUUUGGCGUGCAAUUUUUUUUAUGCGUGAAUUGAACGUGGAAAAUUCAUUAAUAAUAGAGCGAGAGUGACUAAUAUUGUAAAUUAAAUGUAAGUAUUGCGAUUUAAUUCGUUAAGAAAAGCGAAUAUUUUACUUAUAAUUAAUCAAUUUACGUCAUCGAGACAUUGAAUUUUACUCUCGGAGAUUAUAAAAAUAUUUUUUGAUACUUUUAUUUAGGAUUAAUGAUAAUCAUUAAUUUUUAAGUAUCUCAAAAAAAGUUAUUAUUUAAUUAGAGUUGAAAAUAUUUUCGAGACAUCGGUUUUUUUAUAGCAAAAACAAUUUUUUUUUAAUUCCGACAAAAUCCACUCUAUUUUUUCAUUAAUUGUAAAUUUAUUCAUUAGGAAUAAAUGUGAGAUGUUUAUUGUCUAUAAAAUAUUGGACAUUACAAUGUGACACGCUCUGAAGAAAGGUAGCUAAGAAGCAAAGAAUUUUAAGGUUAUGUUUGUUUAUUUACCUUAAUUAAAGAUUUCUGUUUAGAAUUUAAGACAAUAUCAGUUUUUAUUAUUUCAGAUGCAAUGAAGACAAACAUCAGUGAUUUAUAAAUUGAAACUUGAUUCCUCUUUUGUAUUUUCAUUCAAAAAAUUACAAACAUAACCUAGAAUUUUUUACUUCUUUGGUAUCUUUCUUCAGAGCGAGUUACCGUUAUUCUAAGGAUUUGGGAUAAAAAAAAAGUAUCAAAAAUUGUUGUGAUACAAAGUUUUGAUACGUUUUUUGUGUUUCAGAUCUUUAGGAAAACAGUGAAUUGUUAUACAUAAUAGCAAAUUCGAAUAUUUUGAAUUUGUCACAAUUUUUGUGAAUGAGAGUUCAAAUUGAAUUAUGUAUUUAUAAUUAAUUAAGGUAGUGGGAAAUAAUUUUUUUUCAAUUCAUAAUGAAUGAUAAUUUAUGUAAUUAAGUGGUAUUUCAGUUUAGUUUGUAAUUCUACGACAUAAUAUUUAGUUUAAUGAAAAAUGUUUCUUAUAAAAGUAUAUAGAGUGGAUGUGAAGUAUUUUCGAGAAUCGACUGAACUUUUACUCCGUUUUGAGUUGCACGUUAAAUCAUAUAUGCCAGAUAAGCUAAAAUUAUAUGUCGGAAGAAGAGCGAGGGAGGAAAAUGAAAUAAAAAAUGUCAGCAUAAAUAGGUAAAAAA